AUUGACAAUUUUCAUGGCAUGGCGUGCGCGCGCGGUGGCCAGACCUGCCACGCCCACUAUUUGCAACGAUCAGGUGACUGCUGUUAUGCGAUCAGCUGAUCAGUGAGAUACAAGAGUCUGAGGCUGAGCCCCGGGCUCAGCCGGUAUACGUUAAUUGAUCCUGAGCCUGAUGCGCCUCCCGAACGUAUACAAGUGUCAAAAAGUUGAUCAAGAGUCCAGGAUCAGGGGCCAGGGCAUGCAGGUUAUUCGGCACGGUUAUUCUUGAAUCAGCAAGGCAGCAAAGUUAUAACUUUUUACAACAAGGCUAUUAACAAAUCACAGGGACACGGCAGCAUGGGCCUUACGAUUGUUCUUUCAUGCGUAGUGGCAGUAGUAGUAGUGAUGCCGAUUUCCUCAUCAAUUGCUCACAGUCACAGACACAGUCAGGCUCAGAGUGAAGGAGUGAAACGUUGCAUCCCAAAGAAGUUUUCAGGAUCUGAAUCCUUUGUCUGUGUGUGUAAUUCAACCUACUGUGAUACUGUGUCCAGUUAUAACCCUCUCACAAGCACAGACUUUACUGUCUUCUCUUCGAGUAGUGCCUCUGAUCGGUUGGCGAAGCAUGUCUACAACAUCUCAGAACAGUCCAAUAUUACAGAUCAUGGACUGAAGUUCACAGUCGAUGCUAGUCUUAGAUACCAGACUGUCCUUGGCUUUGGAGGUGCCUUUACAGAUGCAGCCGGGAUGAAUUUCUUCAACCUUUCAGUUGGGGCACAAGAUCUUCUCAUCAAAUCUUAUUACUCAAGCAACGGUAUUGAAUACACUAUUGGGCGAAUUCCAAUGGCAAGCUGUGAUUUCUCUACCCAUCCUUACUCUUACGAUGAUAACAAUGGAGACUUCAGUCUUGAGAACUUCUCUUUAGCUAAGGAGGAUCUUCAGUUUAAGAUCCCGAUGAUCAAGUCUGCUCUAGAGCACUCAUCAAGACCGGUCAAGCUGUUUGGAAGUCCCUGGUCAGCCCCAGCUUGGAUGAAGACAAAUGGACAUAUGAAUGGAAAAGGUCAACUGAUUGGUCAGCCUGGGGGAAAGUACUUCAAGACUUGGGCUCAAUAUUUUGUGAGGUUUGUUGAAGAAUACAAGAAAAAGAACCUGACUUUGUGGGGCUUGACUGUCCAAAAUGAACCUAUUGAUGGCGCUAUUAAAAACUUCUCCUUCCAGGCAAUGCACUUCACCGCCGAGAUGGAGCGGGAUUUUAUCAAAGUAGAUCUAGGCCCUGCCCUAGAGUCUUCAGGUCUUCAACCGAUUCAUCUCAUGAUGCUUGAUGGACAAAGUUUUCAUCUUCCAACUUGGCCUCAGAUAGUUCUUGGAGACCCUGAAGCUAAAAGGUAUGUCUCAGGAAUAGGAGUCCACUGGUACAUAGACAAGUACACACCAUAUGAACUGAAGCUUUCUGAGACACAUCAGCUGUUUCCAGAUCAGUUCUUGCUCUACACAGAGGCCUGCUAUGACUCUACCUUCUCAAGCAAAUCUGUUGAUCUUGGCAGCUGGUCCAGGGGUGAGGGAUACAGCAAGAGCAUCAUCACUGUUAUGAACAAUUGGGUUACUGGUUGGGUGGACUGGAACUUAGCACUCAAUAUGGAAGGUGGACCUAACUGGGCCAAGAAUUACGUAGAUAGUCCUAUCCUUGUAAAUGCUAGUAACGAUGAGUUCUACAAGCAGCCGAUGUACUAUCAUCUAGGUCACUUCAGUAAAUUCAUUGUGCCAGGUUCAGUGAGAAUAGGAACUAGUCGGCAAGAAACAGGAGACAUUAAGACGGAUAGUGUUUACAGCGUUGCUUUCAGCCUGCCUGAUGGGUCCAGGACAUUUGUUAUUCUCAACAUGGCAAACGAGGAGUACCCAAUUAGCAUCCAUGAUCCUUCCGUUGGUUUCAUCAACGGGGUCUUACCCCCGAGAGCCAUACAGACGUACAUAUGGAAGCCAUCUUAACUGAUAUACCCUACUGGAAAUGAGCUGUCCUUAUGUCUAUGGGAAUCGAAAUUCAGUGGAUUAAUGAUAUGACUAAAUGACAAUGAGUCAAGUGUGUAAAUAUGACAUUCCAUCAAGUGUGUAUGAGACUAAAUGACAAUCAGCCAAGUGUGUAUUAGACUAAAUGGCAAUCAGUCAAGUGUGUAUUAGACUAAAUGACAAUCAGCCAAGUGUGUAUUAGACUAAAUGACAUACAACCACUGCAAGUACGUGUGUAGUAGACUAAAUGGCAAUCAGUCAAGUGUGUAUUAGACCAAAUGACAAUCAGUCAAGUGUGUAUAAGACUAAAUGACAAUCAGCCAAGUGUGUAUUAGACUAAAUGACAAUCGGUCAAGUGUGUACGUAUUAAGACUAAAUGGCAAUCAGCUGAGUGUGUAUUAGACUAAAUGACAAUCGGCCAAGUGUGUAUUAAUUUGACUAAAUGACAAUCAGCCAAGUGUGUAUUAGACUAAAUGGCAAUCAGCCGAGUGUGUAUUAGACUAAAUGACAAUCAGCCAAGUAGUAGACCGGCCAAUUUUUUAAACAAUAAUUUGGACGGCAAAAUAAUUGGUUAAUGCUUGCUAAUGCUUGGCAUCAUAUAGCUAAAAGUCUUGCAAAAAUACCCAGGAAUAGCGCACGACCCGAUGCCAAGCGCACUUUUGCGUGAAAGUGUCAUAAAGUGUGUAUUAGAGUAAUGACAAUCGACAAAGCACCUUUUAGUUUUACCAUACUUUUUUUUCAUAUUGUUGUUCAAAUGAAUUAUUUUAACCAAGAUGACAAUCAGCCUUAUGUUUUUUUAGACCAAACGAUGGACUAUCUGGCCCCAAUUAAUAGUAGACCAUGUACAUACUUUUCUACAUAGUGUCAUCAGGCAAACCUGCAUGAGUCAAAAUGGCUGUGAAUUCUUGUACUCAGCAUUCAGCAGUUGAUACUUUUCUUGCGGCUUAGUCAAGUUUUCUCUUCUUGGGGCUUCUUGGCCUUCUUUUACUUCUUUCAAGAAACUAAGACUCCUUUUUUUCGCAAAUGUAACUCAGGAUAAUGUAUAUGUAUCGUAAACAAUAUAUUGAUAUUGAUCAAUAAAUUCAAUUCAGUCAUUCUUGUUA